CAGUGGGUGCUGUGGUGAGUAGGAAGGGAGCGCUCUUGCCUCCGCCGCUUCUUCCUCCGCGCUGACCCUUCCCGGCGGAGGUUCCAUGGCGAUGAACUACAACGCGAAGGAGGAGGUGGACGGGCACCAGGUGGUAGCCGGGAGCAGCGGCAGCGGGCCCGGCGGGGCAAGCGGGGUGUCCGGGGGCAGCGGCGCGGUCGGGGGCGCCACCAAGAGCCGCAAGCCGGACAAUACGGCCUUCAAGCAGCAGCGCCUGCCGGCCUGGCAGCCCAUCCUCACCGCCGGCACCGUCCUGCCCGCCUUCUUCGUUAUCGGCCUCAUCUUCAUCCCUAUCGGCAUCGGCAUCUUCGUCACUUCCAACAAUAUCCGAGAGUACGAGAUUGAUUAUACAGGAACAGAACCAAAUAGUCCUUGCAAUAAAUGCAUGAAUGUGUCCUGGAACAGCACUCCUUGCCACUGCGUCAUUAACUUCACAUUGGAUCAACCUUUUGAGAGCAAUGUCUUUAUGUAUUACGGACUGUCAAACUUCUAUCAGAACCAUCGCCGCUAUGUGAAGUCUCGGGAUGAUAGCCAGCUAAAUGGCAAUAAUAAUUCUUUAUUUGCCCCCAGUAAGGAAUGUGAGCCUUACCGCAGUGUGGACAAUAAGCCCAUUGCUCCUUGUGGGGCUAUUGCCAACAGCAUGUUCAAUGAUACAUUUACAUUAAAUCGUAUUGAUCAAAAUGGAACACAUCCUAUUCCUUUGAAUAAAAAGGGUAUUGCUUGGUGGACUGACAAAUAUGUAAAGUUUAGGAAUCCUGUUGGAGACAAUAAUAACUUGACAGCACUUUUUCAUGGCACCGCAAAGCCUCUCAAUUGGCCCAAACCUGUGUACAUGUUGGAUUCAGACCCAGACAACAAUGGGUUCAUCAAUGAAGACUUCAUUGUGUGGAUGCGAACUGCAGCUUUACCUACAUUUCGUAAGCUAUAUCGCCUCAUAGAGAGGAAAGACAGCUUGCUUCCUACUCUACCUGCUGGAAAGUACUCCUUAGAAAUAACAUAUAAUUAUCCUGUGCAUAGCUUUGAUGGACGAAAACGGAUGAUCUUGAGCACCAUUUCAUGGAUGGGCGGCAAGAAUCCAUUUCUGGGAAUUGCAUAUAUAACUGUUGGCUCCAUUUGCUUUUUUCUUGGAGUUGUGCUGCUAAUCAUUCAUCACAAAUAUGGAAAUCGGAACAAUAGUGCAGAUAUUCCCAAUUAAUCCCACCCUUCCAAGUCAUUUGUACUGCAUGUGCAUCAAGGCCAGUCCAGAGUGGAUAUAGCUUUUGAAAGCUUUAUCCCUGGUUAAAUGUUGCUUCUGACAGAGAACACAAGUAUUUCUUAAGCCUUUGUUUCCCUUACAGUGGAUUAACUUGAAGAUAACGGGUAUAAAAAUUAGCUGUAGAAAACUGUGCUGAUUACAGAUGAUUUUGGAAGUUUGCCUCUUGCUGGACAGGUGCCAUGAUGCAUAUAUAGUCUUUCUUCACCUAUUGGAUCUGCUGCUUGUUGUGUGCUUUGUAAUAUGUCAAUACUGUGUAUAGGCUGUGCGGAGAGAGUGUGUUUAGUAUGAAGUAACUUGUUAGUAUUUUGAGGAGGUAGAGUGUGCUGGUGUUGCUUGAAGGCAAGGGGACCUGUCUAGCGUUCUCUCACACAAUGCAUUAUGUGCAUGGGCUUUUAUGUUCCCUGCUGAAAUGUUACUAUAUUCAUCUUGUACAGUUCACUCUGUAUUGAUCUGAACUUUUUUCUGCUUUCAAAACUUCCAUUGUGUUCCAGCAAAUAUGUCCGGCAUGUAAACAAAUUUGACAAAAACAUAUUUGUUUACCUUUAAAAAAAAUUGAAUUAAUUGCAACAUUUAAAGCUUUUGCUUUGGAGUCUACAUACAGUUCUGUCUUAUGCACUUUACGUGGUCUGAGCCUCUUAGCAUGCCUCCAGAAGAGAUGAAGAGGUUCUGUUCCUAAGUCAGGAAUGACAGUGUGUGUCAAUACAGAAGCUUCGUUUCCUCAGGUUAAAAGCUGUGCUAUUAAGAAUUCAUCACAACCAUCCGCAUAUUCGUAACUGGAUGAAAAUAUUGUAUCUACCCCGGAAGAUAUUUUCUUUUCUUUCAUCAGAUACAUGAGGUCAUGAAAUGAAGGUCUGCCAUGAAAGUAAGCUUAAAAUUGCCAUGAUAGUAUAAAUGGGGAUUUUCACAUCCUGCACAUUUUGUCAUGCCUGUGUCGAUUGUAAGAACCCAUCCCAGUGGUUUUAAAUUAUUCAUAUUGCAUAGCUCUGUAUAUGAAGUUAUUAUACAUGAAAUUGGUUUGUUAAUAUGAAUAUUAACUAUUGAAUAAAUGCUGCCAUUUGUUUAUGAAA